CGCAUACACACACACAAAAAACUGCCAGCGAACCCCAACAUAACAGGAAUAGCAGAUGAUAAAGACGCAAGAUGAAGACGGACAACAGCGAAGAAAAGGAUAUCAAACUAAAAGCCAAAGAGGAGUGCCACCUGCAGCUAGACCCAGCCUUGUUCAAGCUUUCGUCGGAGGAGAGAGAGUUUGCCGUAAAUGUAAAGGAAGCCAUUGAAUGUCUUCCCGAUGUGGAUAAUCUGUCCGAUUUCAUGUACGUCAACUUAUCCAUGAUGGGAGACGUGGAUUGGGCUGUGUCGAGGGUGUACAAGAUGCAAGAAGUCCGGCAAGAGUAUAACAUUCUCUUGACAUACGAAGACGGUGUCCGAAGCAUCCAAGACAUGGUGGAACUGCUACCCGGCGUAUGGAUGUCCUACAUGUUCAAUCUAGAAACAGGCUUGUCCGUCAUGGUCAUGGAUUCUCCCAAGUAUCGAGCAUCCGUGUGGAGAGAUCCCAAAAAUGUAGAAAUUAUUGUCAAGGGAGCAUUCUAUGCCAUGUAUGCUACCCAUCCGUGCUUUGAGGUCAUUCGCAAGGGAAAGGUGGAUAUCUUUGAGUGUCAAGGGUUUCAGUAUGGAUCGGGCAUGGCAGAUUUGGCACAGUCUGCACAUUUCACCUCCUUGUCCGUCGGUGCCUUUCCCUCCAAUGUCACCAGCAAAUUCUAUCAUACACCAGUCAUGGCCAAUGUCUUUAUAUCCAUGUGGAAAAAGAUGAUACCCAAGGACGUUGCUUCCAAAUUUGAGCUGGGAUGCCGAUUUGCAGGAGGCAGAUUGGACCAGUUGUACAUGCUACCUUCUCCCGAGGCUGCUACCCAACGAGUGCUCGAGAAUUUUCGCAAGGGCCUCAAAGUCCGAAUGGAAAGUGAGAAACGGUUUUCCUUGGACCACACGUGUGGGGAGUGAUUGGCCAGAUGAAAAAGGCUUUUGCGUCUGCGUCUGCUGCUGCUGCUGCUGAAGGUCAUCUAUAGAUGUCCUAAAGUAAGCAUGCUUGUGAAAAUAUCUGUUCACGGGACGAGGAUACAUGGUGCCAAGAGGCUGCUAUUUUUAUUUGGCCAAUUGGAUGUUCUCAGGUAUGCCGAUGAGAAUGGCUGGCCGUGGGAUGAAGAGAAAUGAGGGAGUGGGCAUGUGCUAUGACCACCCAAGGGGCUUUACCGUGUUCGUUCUGUGUUCCUCUUGGGUCCUGUGUGAGCUGCCUGCAGACAGAUGCUGUCAAGUGAUUCAUGCCGCACGGAAGUCGUAUCCUACUUGCCCCAUCCCACAACACACGAGUUUUCAACUGCAGGCUACAUCAAACGUUAACAUAAACUACAUGUUAUAUACGGA